GGUCACAUGGAGGGGGAAGUGUGGGGUCUAGCUACUCAUCCUCAUUUACCUAUUUGUGCCACUGUAAGUGAUGACAAAACCUUAAGAAUAUGGGAUUUAUCUCCUAGCCAUUGUAUGUUAGCUGUUCGCAAAUUGAAGAAGGGAGGUAGAUGUUGCUGCUUUUCUCCUGAAGGAAAAGCAUUAGCCGUUGGUCUCAAUGAUGGAAGUUUUUUGAUAGUUAAUGCGGAUACCCUAGAGGAUCUAGUCUCUUUCCAGCACAGGAAAGAUGUUAUUUCAGAGAUCCGAUUUUCUCCUGGGGCUGGAAAAUACUUAGCUGUGGCAUCCUGUGAUAAUUUUGUAGAUAUUUACAAUGUAAUGAGCAGUAAACGAGUAGGAAUCUGCAAGGGAGCCUCCAGCUAUAUCACACACAUGGACUGGGACAUAAGAGGGAAGCUCUUGCAAGUCAACACUGGUGCUAAAGAGCAGUUGUUUUUUGAAGCUCCUCGUGGAAAAAAACAGACAAUUCCUAGUUUGGAGGUAGAAAAGAUUGGCUGGGCAUCAUGGACAAGUGUUUUGGGCUCUUGCUGUGAAGGAAUCUGGCCAAUAAUUGGUGAAGUCACAGAUGUAACUGCUUCAUGCCUCACUAGUGAUAGUAAAGUAUUAGCCACAGGAGAUGAUUUUGGAUUUGUGAAACUGUUUCGAUACCCUGCUAAAGGAAAGUUUGGAAAAUUUAAGAGGUAUGUUGCUCACAGUACCCAUGUAACAAAUGUCCGUUGGACCUAUGACGACAGUUUGUUGGUCACUGUUGGAGGAGCAGACACCUCUUUAAUGCUGUGGACAUACGAGAUGGAAGGACAUCGGGAUAGCAGGCAGUGUGAUAGUGAAGAGUCUGAUCUAGAUUCUGAAGAAGAUGGAGGUCAGUAA